AAAUCAAAUGGGAAUAUACCACAUUCUUCAUCCAGCCUCACCCAGAUCCUGACAAUCAAGUCUCCCAAGUAAAAUUGUCUCUUCUCACCUUUGUAUUUUCCUUCCUUCUUCAUGUUUCUGUCUUGGAAACGAUCCAUGUUUAAUGGGACAUAACAGUUUUUAUAGCAAGUCAAGAUGAAUGUUGCAUGAGGAGGAGAUUGUUGUAUUGAAUAUAUAAAGAAGAUAAUGGCUUUUUACAGUAAAGACAUUGAUACACCAUUCUUUGGAGCAGGAUCAAAGCCUGGUAUAGAAAUCUGGUGCAUCGAUAAACUUAAGUUGGUUACAGUUCCAAAGUCUUCAUAUGGGAAGUUCUUCAGUGGAAGUACAUAUGUUAUUCUAAAUACCGUGUUGCUGAGAAAUGAUACUCCGCAGUAUGAUAUUCAUUACUGGAUUGGAAAUGAAGCUGAUCAGUCUGAAUCAGUACUUGCGUCGGACAAAGCUCUUGAAUUGGAUGAAGCACUGGGGUCUUAUGCUGUUCAAUAUAGAGAAGUUCAAGGUCGUGAAACUGAGAAAUUUUUGUCAUACUUUAAACCUUGUAUUAUCCCAAUGGAAGGAGUUUAUUCCUCGAAAAACGACAUUGUUAAUAAAGAAGUAUACAAUGUGAGCUUGUUAUCUUGCAAUGGUGACCAUGUUGUUCAUGUUAAAGAGGUACCAUUUGUUAGAUCAUCUCUGAACCACAAUGAUGUUUUCAUACUUGAUACUGCCUCGAAAAUUUUUCUAUUUAGUGGAUGCAACUCUAGCAUACAAGAAAGAGCUAAGGCUUUGGGAGUUGUUCAAUAUAUCAAAGAGAAAAAUCACGGUGGCAACUGUGAGGUGGCGACUAUAGAUGAUGGAAAAUUUGUUGGAGAUUCUGAUGUUGGGGAAUUCUGGAGCUUAUUUGGUGGUUAUGCACCAAUUCCCAAUGACAUACCAUCUGUUGUUGAGGAAAAGUCUCAUAUUCCAUCUGUGAAAUUAUUCUGGAUAACACUUCAGGGAAAGCUAAAUGAAAUUGGGAGUGAUGAUUUGGACAAAAGAAUGCUUAUCUCAGAUAAAUGCUAUAUGUUGGAUGGAUAUACAUCUCUUUUCAUUUGGAUGGGAAAAAAUACAUCUAUCACUGAACGGAAGUCUUCAAUCUCGAUCAUAGAGGAAUUUGUGAGAUCUCAAGGGAGAUCAACUGUUACCAAUACAGUCUUCUUAACAGAAGGUUCAGAAACUACAUUAUUUAGAUCAUACUUCAAAAGUUGGCCUCAAACAAUUGAAACUAGGCUAUAUGAAGAAGGCCGAGGAAAAGUAGCAGCAUUAUUCAAGCAAAAUGGCUAUGAUGUGAAAGAGUUACCUGAAGAACAGUUUGAACUGUUAAUAGAUUGCAACGGUACACUAAAGGUUUGGCAUGUUGACGGCGAUGAUGAAGUUACCCUUCUAACUGGUCUUGAGCAAAAAAGGCUUUAUUCUGGAGACUGUUACAUUGUCCAAUACACCUAUAAUGGAAAUAGGGGAGAAGAAAAUCUUUUUUAUACUUGGAUUGGUCAAUCUAGUGUAACUGAAGAUAGAGAUAAUGCUAUUGCUCACACUCAAGCCAUUGUCAACUCUAUCAAGGGGGAUCCGGUUUUGGCCCAAAUAUUUGAGGGAAAGGAACCACUUCAAUUUCUCUCAAUUUUUCGUACAUUGAUAGUUUUGAAGGGAGGCAACAGUUUAAGGUACAAGAAGUCAGUUGUAGAUAAAGGCUUUGCUGAUGAUGAGACUUAUAAUGACUCAAAGACAGCUCUUUUUCGAGUUCAAGGAACACAUCCAGAUAACAUGCAAGCUAUCCAAGUUCUUCAGGUUUCGGGUUCUCUUAAUUCAUCAUAUUGCUACAUUUUGAAGUCCGACACAUCUGUCUUCACAUGGUUAGGAAAUCUUUCAUCGUCCAGAGAUCAUGAUCUUGUCGACAGAAUGUUGUAUCUAAUAAACCCAUCAUGGCAACCUAUAUUGGUAAGAGAAGGCAGUGAAACCGAGCUUUUUUGGGAUGCUUUGGGUGGUAAGACAGAAUAUCCAAAGGAGAAAGAAACCAAAGAAUUUGUAGAAGACCCACAUUUGUUUACUUGCAACCUUACUAAUAAUGGUCAACUAAAGGUGAAAGAAAUUUUCAACUUUUCUCAAGACGAUUUAGUUACAGAAGGCGUUCUAGCACUGGACUGCUAUACUGAGAUUUAUGUGUGGGUAGGACGCCACUCGAGUAUCAAAUCAAAACAAGAAGCCCUUGUGAUUGGCCAGAAAUUCGUGGAGACCGACAUUUUGGCUGAAGGGCUUUCUUUGAAUAUACCAAUAUACAUCGUGACAGAAGGAUAUGAACCAUCAAUGUUCACACAAUUCUUCGAAUGGGAUCCUUCUAAGGCAAACAUGAUUGGCAAUUCGUUUGAGAGGAAACUUGCUAUUCUGAAGGGAAGAGCACAGGAAAUGGAAGCGCCUUUACGAAACGGUAGGAGAACAUCCUUGGAUACCACACCAGACAGUUUAAGAAACAGGUCUGGAACACCAAGAAAUUUGUCCCCUGCAUCUAACAUCAUUUCUGGCUUAAGCCUUAAUGGAUCUGGCGGUCGCAGAUUUUCUAGCCCAUCUUCAUUUAACAGGAAGCCCAGUUCUGAAUCUGUGGUUGAUCUUGGGGAUAAUGCCAACAAUCUGGUUUUGGAUAAUCAAAGUGAAGAUGAUGGCACAAGCAUAGCAGUUUAUUAUCCAUAUGACCAAGUGAAACUGGGCUCAGAGAACCCUGCAAAUGGCAUAGACAUAACCAAAAGAGAGACAUAUUUGUCCCAUGAGGAGUUCCAAGAGAAAUUCCAAAUGCCAAGGAGAGCAUUUUAUGGUCUUCCUAAAUGGAAACAAAACAAGCUAAAGAUGUCUCUCCAAUUAUUUUAAGGAUUCAAGAACGACGAAGGAAGUUUUGGCUGGUUUCCACAAGUCUUGUUUUUUUUUGUUAUGGUCACAGGUUUACAGGCUCCACAAUUUUCUUGUGUUUGUCUUGUGUGUUUUGUUUAAGGAAGUCAACUUUGUUGUGUGCUUCGAACUCCUAAAAUCUUAUGAUUCUAUAUAAGACUAACAAAUU